UAUCACCGCAAACUCCUUUGGGAAGACCAAAAUCAACCAUGUCUUUAUUGCUAGUCGCAGUCGUCGCCUCAGUGCUGGCCAUUGGUCAGUGCAACAAGAACUUCACUGUCACCUCAGAAGUGGUGUUUGACUUGGAGGUCAAGAACUACAACGGCAAUGGGGACGACAUCUCUGGGAAACUGGUCAUCGGCCUGUUCGGUGAGACUGCCCCUGUGUCUGUGUUGAACUUCAAGACUCUCUGUGAGGGAUACACAGCACCUAACAAAGCUAAACUUAGUUACAGAAAUACAUACUGCCAUCGAUUGGUCAGAGACAUGUUGGUACAGUGCGGAGAUGUCUUCGGUCUUGAUGGAAGGGGAAGUACCAGCAUCUACGGAGAACAUUUCAACGACGAAAACUUCAUCAUUAGCUACUCGAGUGGAGGUAUUGUUGGCUAUGCUAACAAAGGCAGAGACACCAACGGCUCUCAGUUCUUCAUCACAUUUGGGGCCUCACGAUUCUUCGACAAGAAACACGUAGCUUUUGGCAAAGUUCUCAAAGGAUACCAAUAUCUCCAAGCCAUCAAUCGCAUGGGACCCCAAGAAAAAAACCAGACCCCCAAGCGACCAAUCAGGUUCACAGACUGCGCCGUCAACGAGGUCAAGAAAUACGAAUUGACCGAGAAAGACAUGAAGACAGAUGACCUAGAAGGCAUCGUGACCUUUUAAAUUAGCAUAUUAAAUUAAGCGCCAAAUGACAAAUAACAACAGCAAAAGAAAAAAAAUAUUUUUAGGUAUUCUUUCUAGAAUAUAAUGUUGUAUUUCACUUUUAUUUUUUAAUUGUUUUUGUACCGCCAUAAUAUCAAGUCAGCUGUUAAGUGUUGCCAACUAAGGGUGUUUCUUGAAAAACUUGACCAUCGAGAUAAGAUAUGGGCGGACACGACAGAUUGACUGACAGAGGGAAAAAAAAACGCGUGAAAGUUGAUGGAGAGAAAGUGAGAGUGAAGAGUUGGCUCACCUGCACACGUCUUCUGUUUACCUGCAUUACUUUGUUUGUGUACCUUGUGACGUCACGGAAAUAUGUGUUCCUUCAUCUUGGAUGACAGGUGAUCUAACGAUCACGUAUUAUGUCCAAUAAAUUUAUUUAAUAUAGA